AUGUUGCGAUUACACGAGUUUUACCGCGACGAUUCAACCUGCGAACGACUUGUUCUUUCUCAGCUUAAUUAUCCCCGACCUACUACUUGCCCGUGCUCUACUCUUAUAUUGAGAUCAUCGAUACCCAUGGUGGGCAUGUCUAACUUUUUCAAAGAUAAAUAUAUAUACAUGCCUCCUUCUUUGCAUUUCGCAUUAAGGGUCCUUAUUAACAAGGCAACUUUUGAGACCUCAUCGGAGGGUAAAGGAAGCAAUUGUGACUUACCCAGCAAGGGAAACUGGGAAGCCAAUCUUGCGCCAGCUUCUCUUGCUGUGCUUGAGACCUGGUUUGAGUAUCUGACAGAAGGCCGUAUACGUGUCGAUCAGGAUGCACAUCUUUUAGAUCCGGAGCGGCCGAGCUUUGCUGGAGAGGAGACCAAUCCCUUGGCUGAAUCUCAACUUAUCAAGUGCCCAACUACCUCCUUAGAUGAACUUCCUGGAUGUCUGGCCUGCUCCCCAUUCUAUGUAGUCGUCACCGAGCCCUCUCCUAUCGCUCCUUCGUUGAAAGCUCAAGUGGCUUUCUCCGAUGAUGAUUUUGGUCGAAUUUCACGAGCCUGGCAAACUACAGUUUAUAAUCUGGUUGACAGUGAUCAUGCUGUCCAACUAGACCUUUCUACUUUGAGUGUUCCUUUAUCCUCUUCUAUGGCAACUGACGAAGCAUAUUUCUCUGAGUCCAAUCUUGAGCAUGUCGUUGAUAGCAUAAUACUGGCUUGGCAGAGGCGUUGCUGUUGCGGCACCUUGUCAGACCGGCUAAUUCAAUAA